GCGUGUUGGGCCGCCCACGCCGAGGCAAGCCUGAGCUGGCGCUGGCUCGGGUAAGCUCGGAGCAGGGGAGGGCCGGGCGGCGCAGCAGCUGAGCAUCGCCUGGGCGGGCGGCAGGGCGCGGCCUCUUCGCCGGCAGCACCACCUGUCGCGGGCCGAGACGUCCGGUGAAAAAGAAGAUGUUAUCCCGGUUAAGAGUAGUUGCCACUCCUUGUACUUUGGCAUGUCGUCAUUUGCACAUAAAAGAGAAAGGCAAGCCACUUAUGUUAAAUCCAAGAACAAACAAGGGAAUGGCAUUUACAUUACAGGAACGACAAAUGCUUGGUCUUCAAGGACUUCUACCUCCCAAAAUAGAGACACAAGAUAUUCAAGCCUUACGAUUCCACAGAAACUUGAAAAAAAUGAGUAACCCUUUGGAAAAAUACAUCUAUAUAAUGGGAAUACAAGAAAGAAAUGAGAAAUUGUUUUAUAGAAUACUGCAAGAUGAUAUCGAAAGCUUAAUGCCAAUUGUAUAUACACCAACAGUUGGGCUUGCCUGCUCGCAGUAUGGACACAUCUUUAGAAGACCUAAGGGAUUAUUUAUUUCAAUCUCAGACAGAGGUCAUGUUAGAUCAAUUGUGGAUAACUGGCCAGAAAAUCAUGUUAAGGCUGUUGUGGUGACUGAUGGAGAGAGAAUUCUGGGUCUUGGAGAUCUGGGUGUCUAUGGAAUGGGAAUUCCAGUAGGAAAACUUUGUUUGUAUACGGCUUGUGCAGGAAUACAGCCUGAUAAAUGCCUGCCUGUGUGUAUUGAUGUGGGAACUGAUAAUGUAGCACUCUUAAAAGACCCAUUUUACAUGGGCUUGUAUCAGAAACGAGAUCGCUCGCAACAUUAUGAUGACCUGAUUGAUGAGUUUAUGAAAGCUAUUACUGACAGAUACGGCCGGAACACACUUAUUCAGUUUGAAGACUUUGGAAAUCAUAAUGCAUUCAGGUUCUUGAGAAAAUAUCGAGAAAAAUAUUGUACUUUUAAUGAUGAUAUUCAAGGGACUGCUGCAGUAGCUCUAGCAGGUCUUCUUGCAGCACAAAAAGUUAUUAGUAAACCUAUCUCAGAACACAAAAUCUUAUUUCUUGGAGCAGGAGAGGCUGCUCUUGGAAUUGCAAAUCUCAUAGUUAUGUCUAUGGUAGAAAAUGGCCUCUCAGAAGAAGAGGCACAGAAGAAAAUCUGGAUGUUUGACAAGUAUGGUUUAUUAGUUAAGGGGCGGAAAGCCAAAAUAGAUAAUCAUCAAGAACUAUUUACUCAUUCAGCCCCAGAGAGCAUACCUGAUACUUUUGAAGAUGCAGUAAAUAUACUUAAGCCUUCAGCUAUAAUUGGAGUUGCAGGUGCUGGUCGUCUUUUCACUCCUGGUGUAAUCAAAGCCAUGGCCUGUAUCAAUGAAAGGCCAGUAAUAUUUGCAUUAAGUAAUCCUACAGCAAAGGCUGAGUGCACGGCUGAAGAAGCAUAUACACUUACAGAGGGAAGGUGUUUGUUUGCCAGUGGCAGUCCAUUUGAGCCAGUGAAACUUAGAGAUGGACGAGUCUUUAUACCAGGUCAAGGAAACAAUGCCUAUAUAUUUCCAGGUUACAGAAUACCUGUAUGCUAAUAAAAUGGCUUUCCGAUACCCAGAACCUGAAGACAAGGCCAAAUACGUUAAAGAAAGAAUAUGGCGAAGUGAAUACGAUUCCCUGCUGCCAGAUGUGUACGAAUGGCCAGAAUCCGCAUCAAGCCCUCCGCUGAUAACGGAAUAGAAGCACUCCCACUGUGAAGUUUUUUCCAUGCUUUAGAGGGAACCCAUUUUUUCAGACAAAAAGAGAUAAUGUUCUGAGAUUU